GGUAGGUUUAUCAUAAAGGUUUAUGCUUACUAGUUUCAGGUUGUGGAUUUAGUACCCACAUUGUCGAAAGACCAGUAAACAACCCAAACACCGUCUGCAGGAAAGUCAAAUAUGGCGGGGUAUUCCCCAGUCACGUGACUCUUUGCAAACGAGGCUGAGGGGAAUUCCAUCAAGAUUUGUUGAUUGAUUCUGAACUUUGGCACCACAGGCCCAGGGAGAUUUACCACUCCCCCCCAGUCACUGUAUCGCUUCUAAGUAAUACAUGGUAUGAAGUGAAUCAUCAUCAUGCCCAUAUAAGGAAGAAGUCCAUAUGAGGAGAAUACAGUCAGCACUGCUGGUGGUUUUGUCAGAUUUGAGAGGAUAGGAUAUUAUUGAGGUACAUGUACAGAGAACCACCAUGGCUUUAUUUUCUGCAAAUACUGUAUACAGCGUCCUGAUAACAGCUAUAGGGAUUGUUUUGGUGAGAAGUUUCCCAGAGUACUCAACCAUAAUUUUUAUGAUGACAAUGACUACAAUUAUCACAUUCCAGUAUUCCAAUAAAGAACGAGAAAAACAAAGUCAGCGCAAAAUCACAUUCCACAAACUGCAUACAUUGAACCAGACUUAUGUGGACCAAACAGACAGACUUCUGAAAUCAGAAUGGCCAGAGCGUGAUGGUGUUUCAACUGACGAUAUUGAAUUUCAAGAUUAUGAAGCAUCUAAAACAUUGGUUAAAUCCUCCAACUUAUUAGAGCCAUGUCAUCUGGUUGCCCUAGCACAAUUCCGGCCAACAGGUAAACCAUUAGUUGUUGGCCAUGUUAAGUUAACACGUAGAACAUCUAUGAAUAUGUCAUAUGGUAAACUGUUAAAAAUGCAUAGAAGUGGCAUUCCUUCUGGUGCAUUAGAAAUUACAGCAAAAACGCAUAAUUUAGAUUAUGGGACCUUGCAAGAAAUGAUCGCAAAUCCAGAUGAAGCUAACACAUACGAAGCAGAGGAGACAUUUACAUUAAGUGUUGCAGGCCUUGUUGUCUCCAAACCACUUAGGGGUCAAGGACUCGGGAAGGCCAUGUGUGCAUUUGCGUUAAAGACUGCGCGAAGUGCAAACAUCUCAACCCUUGUUGGAGGGUGCAAAAGAGAACUUGUACCAUUUUAUGAAAGUAUGGGUGCUAAAAAGCAACAGAAAACAUUGAGAGCAUUGUAUCAUGAAAUGAAGUUACCUAUUGAUGAUACAGUUGUUGAAAUGGCUGAUAAAAUUCUCUCAAAGUUUAAGCCUAGAUCAUAGAAAUGUUUUUAUCGAGACAAUAUUAUCAAAAAUUAUAAACUCUUUGGAAAGGAGAUACAGGGUGUCCCUAAAGUUGUACUGAGACAAACAUGAAAAGAUAACCAAAGCAAACCCGCAUUGGUUCACUUUAAGAAAUUACAGGGGGAUUCACAUUUGACUAUUUUGGCUGAAAAUCAGUUGUAAAGUGCCUGGAAUGGUGGAAAAACUGCAUGAUUUUGAAAGAUUUUUUUGGCCAGGGUUGAGUUUGCUCACACACAUUUUAUAAAGAAAGACACCCAAAGGCGAUUUAAU